AUGUCAGUGUACAUAUAUAGUGCUACCAUAGCAUUCGAGAAAUAUGAUGUGAUGCAUUUGUUGGAUGUCUUGGUGGCCGCUGAUGAAUUAUUAUUAUCAGAAAUGGCGGAAUCAAUACAAGAAUAUUUAUUAAAUCAUAAAGCGGAAUGGUUACAAAAGGAUUUUACCAAAUUAUUGAGGAAAAGUCAAGAAUUUGAUUGGUGUGAAGAUGGAAGCCCAGCGAUUGAUGAUGAUGAAAGUAAAUGGACUAAAGAUGACAUCCAUAUAUUAGGCAAAGCAUUAAAAGGUUGUAUACCACACAUAAGAUGGUUUCACAUUGAACCGAGUUUAUUAUUUAACAAGAUUUGGCCGUUAAAAGAUAUUUUCCCUCCGGAAUUAUUGGGGGAAAUUUUUAGACAUCAUUUCACUUAUAAAUCCAAUUUAACAUCGAUAGAUUCUUCUUUUAUUUAUUAUAAACCACAAAGACCUCUCCCAUUUGAAUCAUCUAUAUUACAACAACUUCACGUGGCAAAAUUGGCCAACUGGAUCGAUCGUACACCUGAUAACGAUCUGGAGGGUGAUACUCCUUGUACGUGGGAUAAUCUAAAUGAGUUUAAAAUUAGUAGGCCAAGAAGGUCUGAAUAUGCCAUUAGAAUUAAAGAUAGAACUUGUGGACCUUGCUUUGGUGAUAAAGAUUUAUGGAUGACAAGUAAUUUUAACGAAGAUGAAAAUUGUUCGGCUGUUAAAGAUGAUUAUGAACUUGAAAUCACUCCUACCGAGAAAUUUUCCGUGGACGAAUAUGAGGUUUUUCAAGUUUUAAAUAAAAUCAUUAUUAAAGAUGUAGUAUCAAAUGAGAAUAAUAACGACAACAAUGAUGAGGAACAAGCUGGAAAUUUAGCCGAUGAUAAUAAUGAUCACGAAGAUAAUUCACAAAAUCAACCUGAUUUUACAGAUAUUCAGGACAUUCCUUAA